AUGAGUUUUAUAAAGCUGUCAGCAAAAUGCGUUGCUCAGACCCGGAACAUAACAUUACUCACAUCCAGUAAUGGAUUGAAAAUAGCAAUUCGAAGUUACUUAAAGACUCCCGUCAGCCUCAUUGAAGAGUUUAUGCAGAGGCCGAUAAUAAAACAGAUCAAUAUUCCCAUACAUAAUAUAGACAUUCGGGGAGAGGAUCAAAUGAAAAAGCACACUUUUCUAUGUGAAGAGGCUAUUAAAAACAGACAACCUCAGAAAAUGGUUGAUAAUACGUCAGCCAUUGCCAGAUUAGCAAAUAGAGUACUAUUAGUCGCAAAGCAAGAAAGCGACAAUUCGGAAGACCAAACCUUUAUUAGCAAUCUGAACAGAGCUUCGGACUUAUUACAAAACGCCGUUCCUCCGAUGGUGCAAGAUGCUAAAUUGGUUGCUGUUAAUCCAAAUGAUUCCUUUGCUUCAUCAAGAUGGAGAGAUUCAAAUAAAACACUAUUAAAUGCAGUUGGUGAAGUUCGUCAAGCAGUUCAAAUUAAUCCAGAUCUUCCACCUUUGCCAGAUAUUAAUUCAUUAAACUUAGUGAGCACGAAUAGGGCAGGACCCAGCGACAAUAGUCGUACUAAACCAGUAAAUUUGGCGGACCCAUAUUAUGCUAACAAAUUGCAAGCCUUGCUUCAUUCUGACGAUCAAGAUUUAUAUUUAUCAGACCGAGAGACGAAUGAGGAAACUGCAGAUGUUAUAGAUGACUCAGACGAAGAUCCCGACUAUGUAAUUCAGCAGAGUGAAUCUUCUAGCGGUGAAGAAUCCAAUUCAGAUCCUGAGCUUUUGAAGUUAGAUGAAUCAUGUGAACGUAUCGAAAGAAAAAAAGUAUCUUUCAGUGACGGGGGACGAAUCUCCGAGAAACACAAGGACCUAAAUACAUAA